UCUCUCAAGACAGAAACGCGAGUGUUUUCGAUGCAGUCUCCAGGAUUUUCUUCCGCUUGGUCAAGUUACAGGCAUGUUAUAAAUGCCUGCAGGACAGAGCACUCCUGAAUCUUGCCAUGGAACGCUUUGGCACACCGAGAGGGUUCUUUGCUUAAGAUGGGUAAUAAGCAGACGAUAUUUACCGAUGAACAACUGGAUGCCUAUCAGGACUGCACCUUCUUCACACGAAAGGAGAUCCUUCGGUUGCAUGGCCGAUACCAUGAAUUAGCACCAAACUUGGUACCGAUGGACUAUAAGAGAGAUCCGGGUGUGACAGUCCCUAUGCAGCUUAUCAUAAAUAUGCCGGAGUUAAAGGAGAAUCCCUUCAAGGAACGGAUCGUUCAGGCUUUUUCGGAAGACGGGGAGGGAAACCUCAGCUUCAACGACUUUGUCGACAUGUUCUCUGUACUCAGCGAAACAGCUCCCCGGGAGCUCAAAGCAGUCUAUGCCUUUAAAGUCUAUGAUUUUAACACGGACAACUUCAUUUGUAAAUCGGACCUGGAACAGACCCUCAACAAGCUGACAAAAGAAGAGUUGACGGAAGAAGAGGUCAUGCUGGUUUGUGAAAAAGUCAUCGAUGAAGCGGACAUGGAUGCCGACGGGAAACUCGGAUUCGCAGAUUUUGAGAACAUGAUUUCUAAAGCGCCAGAUUUCCUUAGCACCUUCCAUAUACGGAUCUGAAAACGCCGGGAAGAGCUCGGGGGAAGAAAUCAAACAUCUGUUCCUGCCUCUCAGAAUCUCAGGCACGUGGCUGGCUUUCAUGCUCCACUGUGGACUCUCAGAAUUCUGCACCAGAGACUAAAGGAAUUGCA